AAAAUGGUGAAUGAUAGUUAUAGCUCCCUAGUGGUGGCAGGCUCGGCGACCUCUGAGGGUCGGUUCAAUGGUAGCAUUCUACCAACAACGACCUCCUUUACUUCCGGUAUGACUCCGGAGGAAGAGGAAGAGAUAGAAAUGAUAGUUUCGCGAAUUGUUCCGAUCUUUUUUGGGCUCAUCGGAAUAACGGGUCUGCUGGGCAAUGCACUGGUUGUGUUGGUAGUGAUUUCCAACCCGUUGAUGAGAUCGACGACCAAUCUUCUGAUCAUCAAUUUGGCCAUAGCGGAUCUGUUGUUUGUGAUAUUUUGCAUACCGUUCACCGCAACUGACUACGUCCUAUCGUCCUGGCCGUUCGGCGAUCUGUGGUGCAAAAGUGUCCAGUAUCUGAUUGUUGUGACGGCACACGCCAGCAUCUACACGCUAGUUCUAAUGUCAUUGGAUCGGUUCCUGGCGGUGGUGCAUCCGAUCGCCAGUAUGGUGAUUCGGACGGAGAAAAACACGAUCUGGGCCAUCACGAUACUAUGGGUGGUAAUCAUCACGACGGCACUUCCGGUUUCAUUCGCACACGGAGUCAAUAAAAUCCAGUACCGGGACCGGGACCUGGCCUCCUGUACGUUCCUCGAGAACGAACAAUUCUCCCGCGUUGCCUUCCAUAUCGCGUUCUUCUCCAGCUCCUAUCUGGUGCCGUUGGUGUUGAUUAGCGUCCUCUAUAUGUGCAUGCUGUCCCGGCUGUGGCGGACUUCGGUCGGUGGGCGGUCAGCCGAAUCGAAAAAAAGCAAAAAACGCGUCACCCGACUGGUGGUGGUCGUCGUGACGGCUUUCGCCUCGCUAUGGUUCCCCAUACAGGUCAUACUGGUGUUGAAGAGCGUGGGAGUGUUCGUGUCAGAUUCGUACUUUAAGAUAUCGCUGCAGAUUAUAUCGCAUGUGUUGGCGUACACGAGCUCCUGUAUUAAUCCGCUGCUGUACGCCUUUCUGUCGGAAAAUUUCCGGAAGGCUUUUCGCAAGGUCGUCUACUGUGGACCGAGCAGCCGGUGGCAGGACAACACCAGGCACAUGCCACUGCCUACGAAAACGACACGCACCGGUAGCUGCCAAGGGCAGGACAUUUUAUAACCGGAA